GGAAAAACACAAGGCGUGGCUGGGACGCCAUUUUACGCUGUAUUGUUGGAGGUUCGCGCCUCGUUGCAAAGACAGACGACAAGAGUUUGGAAAGGAGACAUGGAGAGCUUCGAUCUCAUUUCCUUGCGAAAAUGGCGUUGUCAAUGCAGUGCUGCGUUGAUCGCCACUGUAUAUGCUCUAAGAUGGAGUCGCCAUCUUCACCCAAACGGGCGAGGUCAGAUGCUGAUUGGAGUGAAUUUUCUAAAGAAGAAUUAAUAAAUAGAAUUAAGGAACAAGAAAAAACUAUUCGACUAUUGGAAGACAAACAGAGAAACCUAAAAUCAGAUGAUAAAGACUUAAAAGAAGUAGAGGCGAAGUUAAAACAGCAUCAAAGAGAUGCUGCACGGAGAGAAAAUACACUUGUUCAUCGUUUGACAACCAAAGAACAAGAACUACAGGACUACAUAAAUCAAAUUCAAGAAUUUAAACAGUCACAAACACAGAACAAAGCACAGCUUCAAUCAAUGCUAUUGGAUCCUGCAGUCAACUUAGUAUUUCAAAGAAUGACAAAGGAAAUGGAAGAAUGUCAAGAGAAACUGAAACAAACACAAAAUGAACUCAGUGCAUGGAAGUUCACCCCGGACAGCCAAACAGGAAAGAGGUUGAUGGCAAAAUGUCGGAUGCUUCUACAGGAAAAUGAGGAACUAGGGAAAGUUAUUACCUCGGGAAGGACUGCUAAAUUAGAAGGAGAGAUUGCAGUUCAGAAACAGCUUGUGCAGGAAAUGAAAGGCAAUCAAUCAGAGUUAGAUGAGUUUCUUGGAGAUUUAGAAGAAGAUGUAGAAGGCAUGCAAAGCAUGAUCUAUACAUUACAGCAGCAACUUAAAGAGAGUAAAGAACAAAUUACUAAGUUAGAGGAAGAAAACUCCACUCUGAAAUCCUCUGUACAGGCAGGUGUUCUAUCUCAGACCUCUAAUAGUGUUAUUUCAACCAGUCCCUCUCUAGACAUCAAGAACAUCAAACAAGAAAUGGAUACAAACCCUGUCACGCAGGAAAUUAAGUGUGAACGGACAACGGAGUUUGAGGAGGCUUCAGAACGAACUCUACAUAGAUGGUCGAGUCAAGAGGAGAUGAUGGACACGGACCAGGAUUCUCGGGAUGUGCCGGAGGUUAAUCACAUAUCUCUCAGACUUCAGCCAGCAGAGGGAGGAGUCAAGUGUUCAGACUACGAGAGCUCACAAGACGGCUGGUCCAGUCCUUACCCACAAACCAAAGACGAUUUAAACGGAUCAAACAAACAUGCUCCCCAGUCAGACAGCACUCCAGAAAUGGAUCACCUAAGUGAGAAAGGGUUGGGGGGAGGGGAUCUUAUUCCCAAUGGGGUGAACAGGACUCCAUUAAAGAAUGAGAUGGGGGAGGCAUAAUAACAUCCACAUCAUGUGCUCAUUUUUUAUCAUCAUAGAAAUUUAAAAAAAUCUUUUUAAAUUGACAUUGGUUAUGGAGUGAAAAUACUUCAUUUGACCAAUUAAAUGAAGUGCUACUUUAUUAGGGGGGAAAUUAAUCAAUUAUCAUCGUCCAUUGUUUAGAUUGGGUUUGAAUAUUGAUUUUGUUAAUGUUUUUAUAGAAAACAGGAACAAACCACAUGGUGAUGUUGUAAGACAACUGCUUCAUUCUUAAGAAUAACUAGACAAAUAUUGUUUUAAAGAACAUUGAGGAAAGCUUUUUGCUAGUCCUCAUAUCUAUAUAUAGGGGAACUUUGACUCUCUAAUACUCGUAAAUACAAGGUUAAAAACUUUUGGAUUUCACUGGGAAGUUUAAUGAAAUUGUUAUUAGAAUGGGAUUUAAUUCAAUUGAAAUCUUGAGGGGUAAAAAAAGAAGAAAAAAUGAUAAAAUGUAUUUUUUAAAAUAUGUAACAGUUCUCGAACUGCAAUAGUGUCCAAAUGAUCAGUGUUUAGAUCUCUGUUUUGAAUGUUGUUGACCAUUUUUAAGGAUUGAAGGAAAUCAAAUUAGAAUUUAGUGAUUAUAAUUUUUUAUUGCUUGUAGGUACUCGACUUGUUUUUCUUUCCAAAUAUGGAACUAAAUUUUCAUACAUGGAUUCAUGUGUGACUUUUAAUACCGUACAUGUUUUUAAAGCAGAAAUUUGCCACGAUUUGGGGAAGAAAAGAUAUUUUUUACCAUAGUAUGUGUGAGAAUGGAAGAUGAUACAGGCUGUUUUGAUAUCUUGUUGUCAUGGUAAUUUGUGAAUUCCUAUUAAAUGAAUUUAACAAAA